GAUCGACCUCGCAAGAGCCGCAUGGACGCCGGUGGCUCGUCGUCGCGCCUCGCCCGCCUCUCUGCGCGGCAAGAGAUGGAGGAGGACGUCGACCCGUACAGCCAAAGCAACCAGUGGAUCGAGACUACCGAGUACCACCGGCUCUCGCAGCUCGUGGCCGCCGAGAAGGAGGCCGAGGCCCGCGCUGCGUACGCGGUCCCUGCCUUUGUGCACGCCAAGCAGACGUGGCAGACGCCGCUGCACGUGCCAUUACCGAAGCGCAAGGUGGCAAACAUGGCGCUGCCCGAAGGCCUCAAGCCAAUGGCGCCGCCUAGCAACAAUAGCGCGCGGCCGAGCCAGCGGACACGCCGGCUCCAGGAGCACGGCCAGACAAGCGAGCAGCGAGCGAGCUUGGAGAAGCUCAAGGACGACAACCAGGAGCUGUAUGCGAAGCUCGUGGCGCGCUUUCGCCAGCGAACGCCGGCGGCCGGGAGCCCGGUCAAGGUCGGCAGCCUCGCGUCCGUGCACUGCAUCGAAGACGCGGUCCUGUACUUUCUCUGCGAGAAGCACCGGCGCAACGUCCUUUAUUUUUCCGUCGCCGACCCGGCGCGCGGCCGCCCGUACGACUUGACACCGGCGACGUCCGGAAGAGGCGAGCACUACCUCAUGUCGUCCAAGCACCUCGUGCAUUUCAAGCCGCAGGAGCCCGCCGAGUGCAUUCCGAUCGCCGAGUGGGUCUACCACAGUCGCAUGUUUGACCACUUGCUCCGGAGCAUCCCGCUCUUCCAGCAGCUCCUGCGGCGCCGGAUGUUUAUCCACUGGCGCCACUAUGUCCAACAGCGCAUCUACCGUAGCACACGGGCGUCGCUGCUGGGGCAGCUGCACUGCGGCCGACCCAUCUAUGCAUCCGCCCUGCGCGAAAUCCAAACACUCGGCCAUCGCAUCCAGUCGGAGCGCGCGCUCAGCCUCGGCGUCACCAAGUCGCCCAUGUCGCUGGCCGAGUGGCGCAGCGCGCAAGCGACCCAGUUCAAGGAGCUCGAGGCGCAGCUGAUUGAGGUUCGCGCGGGCGCCCACCACGCCUUGUUUGACCUCGUCGGCACCAUUCGCAGCGCAAUGACACCCGACACGACGCUCGCGGCGCUCAACGCGGCCGAUAAGGUUGAGAUGCGGCAAGCGUACCCAGGCUGGAAGUCGAUUCCGAUGGCGCACCUGAAAGCGGUGACGCGGGACCAGGCGCGCCAAGUGCAGCAAGCGCAGAAAGACCUGGUCGCGUUUCCCGCCUUUUUACGGCUGACGCAGUACAUCUUUGUACAGUCGCUUUACGCCAUGGUCAUUGCGUCAGUGACGCAUGUGGCCGCGCAGCUCACGCAACACGCGCCGAGCCGAUCGCUGACCGUCGCCGUGAGCUUUCUCCAAGAUGCCCAUGUACGGUUGACGCCAAGCGACGCGGACGUCCUUCGAUUUCUUCACGGCGCGAUCGAGUCGCUUACGACGCUUGCGAGUGGCUUUGCCUCGAGCCGGAGUGCGGCCGCGUACUUGAAGAGCGACGAAGUCGUCGGUCCGCAGUCGCCGCCACCGCGCCUGCCAGACGUUCUCCACGCCAACGCUGUGUUUACAAAGCUCGUUGUUGGCCUCGAAGGCAGUGUGCGCGACACGUUUGCGCGUGUCUCGCAGCAAGUCGAACAGUUCAACGGUCUGCGGCCCAUCUACACGGCGAUGCUGGCGCUCACGUUGCCGACAAUCGACGAGUCGACGUACUUGGCGCAGCUGCCGACGCUCUUGUCGGCCAUCUCCAAUCAAGUCGCGCAGCUGGAUGCGUGGCAGAGCCAGUGCCACCGCAUUCAGGCGAGCUGGGACGUGGGCUUUGUGGACGUGCACUGCCGCCACGUGCUCAGCGAAGUGCUCGAGCGCAUUACGGCGCAGCGCACGCAGGCCUUGGACGUGCUCUGUGAUGUGACGAGCCGGGGCGUGACGCACUGCAUGACGCACCUCAAGGACGCGAUUUUGCUGUUUGACGAGCGGCCGCAGCUCAUUUCCGGGUUUUGCCAGCAAAAGCGACAGACGCGUCUCGUGCUCGAGGCCGAGAUGACGCUCGUGAGCGAGAUGCGCCAAGUCGAUGACGCGUUUAGUACGCUCAAGGCGCUCGCGCCACCGAUGGCCGCGGGCCUGCAGAGCGCGUACAACAGCAUUCAUGCCACGUACGCCAAGUACAAUGUGAGUCUCCAAGCCAACCUCAAGUUUACCAAGUCGAUGCUGCCCCAAAUCGCCAAGCAAAUUCUCACCGUGCUCCAGCGCUACUCGGUGCAGUGCAAGAAGCUCUUGGUCGCGCUGGAAGCCAACGGGACGUACGUGCACAGCCCAGCAAGCAACAUGGACUUUGACGCGAAAAAGUUUACGCUCCAAGAGAUCAAGACGGAGCUCGACAAGGUCCAAGAAGCCUCGGACCAGUACUGCGACUAUCAAAACGUCAUGGGCAUGAAGGUGACGCCAAUCGCGCUUCUCGAAACGACAAGCAGUCUCUACGUCGACGUGCACGAGGUGUGGGACGUCAGCCAUGCGUGGAAGCAAGCGUAUGCAAGCAUGCUCCAGGCCAAAUUUGUGUCGCAGCCGUGGGCGAGUACGUACAACUCUCAUCGUUCUGCUGUCAGUAGUGCGCAACAGGUGCAUUGCCGGUUUGAGAACCGGAUUUUCGUCAGCGUCCAAGCCGAAAUGACCGCCGUGCUCGCCCAGUUGCCGCUGCUCGUCGAGCUCGGUGCCGAGUACAUCAAGGAGUCGCACUGGGCGCAGAUCUUCAAGGUCCUCGACACGACUGCGCUGCACGUGCCGAGCCUGACGCUCCAGCAGCUCGAUGACGCGCUAUUGUGGCGCCACGCUGAGAAGCUGUCGCAGAUUGCCUACCACGCGCGCAUUGACGCCGAGACGGAGGCGACGCUGGAGGCGAUGAAAGCGCGCUGGGCCAUCACGGAGCUGCCGUGCGCGGACGCCGAGCUCGACCCGCUUGUCGUCGGGGACCUGUUGCUGGCGUUGGACGACGACCUCGUUCAAGUGCAGGUGCUUUUGCAGCGCACGUCCCAGCCGUCGCUCUACGCAUCUCUCUCGGUCUGGAGCGACGAGAUCAACUACAUUCAAGACACGUUGGAGCUUUGGCUUGCGACGCAGACCGACUGGCUGCAACUCGACCGCCUCUUUGCGCUGCCCGACGUCCAGGCCAAUGUCCGACAUGCCAAUGUCGAGUUUCAAACCGUGAGCCGCAAGUGGCGCGGGAUGAUGAAAGGCGUCCGGUCGACCACGUCGCUCCAGCAGUGCGUGCGCGAAGUCACCAACCGCGCCUUCUUGAGCGAAACCAAGCAGCUCUUUGAACGGCUCUGGAAGCAACUCGCAUACUUUUUACAAGACAAGCGGCGCGCGUUUCCGCGUCUCAACUUUGUCUCGGACCGCCAACUGCUGGCGAUCAUGGCCGGCACGACCGAGAGCCUUCGGGACCCGAGCGACGGAACCUGCCGCCACGUGAGCAGCGUGCUGCGUGUUUGCUUUGAGCACAUCGUCGAGGCGACGGUAAAAGUUCGGGUGAUGGCGCUCGGGAGUCUCCUCGGAAGCACCUUGAGCGCCGUCGAGCUACCGACGGGCCUCGACUCUGUGGCCUCCGUGCCGUCUCUGGACGUUCCCGACGCCGAGCGCUAUGCCAUGGACAUUCUCACCGUCGGCGGCAAGUACAGCGAAGUCUUGCACCUCGAGAGUCCGAUCACCGUGACCCAACGCCCCGAACUCUGGAUGCAGGAUGUGCAAAAAGCACUGCAUCGAUCGCUUCGAGAUUGCGUGCGCGAUGUCGUGUCGGAAGAUGCAAGCAGCGCAGUGCUGCAGCUGUACAUUGACGGCGACAACUGCGCGGAUAUGACGCGCCGUAUCAAGCACAUGGAGCACGUCGUUGGCAACUGGCCCCUGCAAGUGCUUUUGCUCGCGUUUCGCAUUUACUUUACAGGCGACUGCAGCCAAGUGCUCACGGGCGACACUGCGUAUACGAUGGUGCUCCAGCAACAACUCUACCGCGCGACCGAGUGGGUGGCGGCGCUCAAGACCGCGACAUCCGACAAGCAGCGACAUGCGUGCAGCACCAUGGCGCUGUGCUGCUUCAACCACGCCGAGCUCCUUCGGCGGCUACAUGGGACCCCCCACGCAGCGUUCGAGUGGAGUCAACAGCGCCAAUACCGCUGGGGACACGAGAGCCAGACGGUGCUCGUCACGCACGGCCUCAAAACCUACGAAUACGGAUUCGAAUACCUCGGUCCGCACGCGACGAUUGCGCUCACGCCACUAACCGAGCGCAUCAUGUGGAGCGUCUCGAUGGCGUUUCGAUUGCACGCCGGCGGCCUCGUGCACGGCGAGACGGGCGUGAGCAAGCAGGCCGCGAUCCGGGAGCUCGUUGCGAGCCUGGGCUCGCUUCUCGUCACCUACGACUGCUCGAUCCAGCUCUCCGAGAUGCAGUUCCACCGCGUCUUGAGCGGCCUCAUGCCCUGCCAAGCGUACGCGCUCAUCGUUGGGCUCGGUGCUGUCGACGACGCUUCGGCCAUCGGCCGCUUCCUCCACGAGCUCCGGCGGCUUCAGCACGCCCUCAAGACGCACAAGGACAAGAUUUUGUUGGAGUCAUCGCACGUACCAUUGCACUCGCACGACCGAUCGAGCAUCAACUUUGGCAUCGUGUGCAAACUCACGCUGUCGACGCCGGCCAUUACGCCUCUGAUCGAGCGCUGCGCGCGCGCCUUUUUGCCCAUCACGGCGUCGUUCGAGAUGCUGGACGCAGUCGUUCUGGCGCGACUCUACUUGUCGGCAGCCGGGUUCCUGCACGUCGAGUCGCUGGCGACAACGCUGCAUGCCUUUUUCUUGACGAGCGAAGCGAUCGCGGGCGGCGACCGCGUGACCGUGCGCAUGAUCAAGAAGAUCGUCGACCUCGCCAAAGCCUACGUCGGCGACAACAUCGACGAAGGGCAUGCGGUCGCGUGGGCCAUCCAGCGGGCGAUGGGGGCGCGUGUCGCGCCGAGUUUGAAGCGGUCGUUUCUGCUGCAGCUUCGCGAGUGCUUUCCAUCGUAUCGCGACGUCGAGCUCGAUAUUACGCGAACGCAAGUGCGCAUUCAAGACGCGAUCGCAGCGGCGCACUUGGUGCAAACGCCGCUCCUCAGUCGCAAAGUCCAUGACCUCCACCAUCUCUGCGGCCACCACGUUGUCAACAUCAUCACGGGCGCUGUCGGCACGGGCAAGUCGACGAUCGUGCACGUCUUGUCGACUGUCCGCCGUGCAUUUAGCGAGUCGGAGCCGUGGGAUCGCGGGCGUUGCUACCGCAUCGCAUCGGCUACGCUUCGCACGACCGAAUUUUACGGCCAUUUUGCACCCGAGACCAACGAGUGGGUCGACGGGAUCGUGACACGCUUUGUGCAUCUCGUGUCGGCGCCCGAAGCGCGGCCACCGGGUGCGGUUCCGUGGCUGAUCUUUGACGGCGACGUGACAACUGCGUGCAUUGAGCCGCUCUACGCCAUCUCGGACGAGACGCCGUACGUGCACUUGCCGAAUGGCGAGCGCCUCAACACGUCGCUUAUCAAGCUCUUUUUCGAAGCCUCGUCGCUCAAGUGCUGGUCCCCGGCGGCCCUCGAUCGGUUUGGCGUCCUGAGCGUCCCGAGCGACGCCGUGCCGUACACGGUGCAUGUGAAAGCGUGGCUUUUGCGGCAUAGCUUGCCGCCGUCGUCGUCGCGCCACGUCGAUGCGGCCAAGGGAUGUGCGCAGCUGCUGCGGUCGCACCUCCCGUCGCUUCUGCAGGUCGGCCGCCAGCAUUGGCAAGCGCACGUCCCGUUCCACGCGCCCACGUUGGUUCAGAAGCUGCUCGAGAUCGUCGACAGCUUCUUCCACGACGCGCCGUCGAUCGCCAAGGACGUCGUACUCAUCUACCUUGUCGCGUGUACGUGGAGCAUCGGCGCGUACAUUGACGUGGACGCCCGACCUCUCUUUCAUGACACGCUGUUGACUGUCGCACCCGAGCUCGCGCACCACCGCCUCUUUGCGACCGGCCGCACCAUCUUUGACGUGUACCUCGAGAACGACAAGGGCAAAGUGGCGCUCGUGACUUGGCAGAGCCAGAUGCCGCGCAUGGACUGGGCCAGCUUGAGUCACCACCGUUUUGUGUUUGUACCCAAUGAAACGACGCUGCGCACCGAGCACGUGAUCGAAUUCUUUGCGUCGGCAAAGCGCCACGCGCUUGUGCUUGGUGCAAGUGGCGUCGGCAAGUCGGCGUCGGCGCAGCGGUCCCUGACGCAACUCGGGAAGCGCGGUUGCGUCGUCUCGCGGCUGUUCAUGGAGCCCUGCAUGGACGCCCAUGAGUUCCAGGAACGAGUGGUCGUCGGUUUGGAGCGCAAAAUGAAAGGGCUGUACGGACCGACGACGGGCAAGGCGGCCAUGGUGUACCUCGUCGACGAUCUGCAUUUGGGCUCGUUGGCAAGCCACGAGCAGCUGCGUCAAGUGCUCGACACCAACAGCGUCUACGACCGCCGGACGUUCGAUGUGAUGCAGCUCCAGCACUGCGCGUUCGUGGCGCUGCUGUCCGUCCCGACGUCGUCGUCGCUCUCGCUGCGUCUCCUUCGACAUUUCCACGUGGUGUGGCAGCCGCCUGUGCCGCCCCGCACGCUGCACCGCGUGUUUCGACCGCUGGCGACGUACAUGGCAGAACACUUUAGCACCAAGUACACGGCCGAGAUGGCGUGGCAUGCGCUCCAGCUGCCAUUACAGGUCCUAGAGCUCUUGGUGCAGGAGCCUCUGGACGCGCCGUUUGCGCGCUUCUCGCUCGGCGACCUCGUCCUUGUCUACUCGCACGUCCUGCGCGCCAGCCGCGCGAAUCUGGACGCCAAGCGCCACCUCGAGGGCCUCGUGUUCAACGUGACAAGUGUCGUCUUUGGCAGUCGCUGCACGCGCGGCGACGCCAGUUUCUUCCGGAAGCUCGUGCCGUCGGUUGCGACGACGCUCGACUAUGACGCUGUGAGCUACGUCGAUAGACCGCUCUAUGGCGACAAGACGGACGGCCUCGGGUACAUUCCGCUCACAUCCAAGGAGGCAGUCGGGCUCUUCAUCAAAGGCCACGAGAAGUUUCAGUGGCACCACCCGACGCUCGAGAGUCCGCUCGUCAAGCACCUCGCGCCGUUUCCAGAAGCGGUCGAGGCUAUGCUCGCCAUGCUUUUUGCACUGGGCGAUCUGCGCCAGCACCUGCUCCUGCUUGGGCCGCGUGGCGUCGGCAAGCGCACGUCGUUGGUCGUUGUUUGUGGUAUUCUCUCGUACAACUACCUCGAGAUGCGCCGCGGCCACGACGUUGACGCGCGCCUGCGCGAGGUACUCGUGCACGUUGGCACCCACAGCAAGCACACGGUGCUCUACAUUGCGAUGGACGAGCUCGACGCUCGCAGUACGCGGCUGAUUCUGACUCUGCUUCGGGACGGCGAUGUGCCACUGGACGAAUACUCGACCGAGAAUAUGGACGCGAUUGCAGACGGCAUGGCGCAGCUUCCAUCGCUCGCCAACACCAACCCGAGCAAAGCGCAGUGCUUGUCGCUCUACCGCGUUCAUUUGGCCACGUAUCUGCACUUGGCGCUCGCCACGCGAACCGAAGCCCGUUUGUCGACGCUGCUGGAGCAAACGAGUGGCCUCUUGGAUGCGUGUACGCUGCGGGUGUUUCCACCGUGGUCGCCUUCGGCGUUUUCUUCAAUCUACGAGUCAAUCAACGUCUUGCCAACGCUCCAGCCGGCCGUGUGGGCCAUCCACGCAGCUUAUGUGGAGCUCCGGCCGUCCGAGAGUGGGUCCCGCAACCCCGUGAGUCAGUUUAAAUCGUUUGUACUCGGCCUUUCGUCGUACCAUGUCGAACGCACCAAAGUCAUCCAGGAUACGCGCGUCUCGUAUAGUCAUGGGCUCAAGAUGAUGCAGCAGCACACGAGUACGAUCAAGGCCAUGGGGUCCAGUGAACGCAUCCUGGCAAAGAAACUACGGGCCCUCGAAACCAAGUCGGAGCAGCUCCAAGCACGGUACGACAAACUCGUGACGGCCGAGAACCAAGCCCGGGCUGUCCUGGACGCCAAGAACGAGGCGUACACGCGCAUGAAGCAGCAGCUCGAUCACGAACGGCUCUUGAUCCAAGCCGAGCUGGAUCAGACGGUGCCCGAGCUGCAGACCGCGAUCCAGUCGCUCAGUCGCAUCAAUAAGCUCCACAUCACCGAAAUGAAGUCGUUCACGUCCCCGCCCGACCUCGUGCGCCUCGUCAUGCAAGCCGUGUGUGUUUUGCUGGGUCUCGGGGCCGCGCCGACGUGGGAAGACGCGCUCUUCGUCUUGUGCGACAUGAAAUUCCUGGACCGACUUCGGUCGUUCGAUAAGGACAACAUUCCGGACGCGGUUAUAAAGAAGCUCGAGCGCGUGAUUCAACACCCCAAAUUCACCGAAGACGAGAUGAAGCGCGCGUCAAUUGCGUCGACGUCGCUCUGCCGGUGGGUGCUCGCCCUCGCGCGCUACCACCGCGUCAUGACGAUCGUCCGGCCCAAGCAAAACACACUGGACGCUGCCGAGCAUAACUUGGACCGCGUCCAGCGCGAAGUCGACGUUGUCCGCGCGACAUGGACGACGCACGUGACGGCCGCCAACCAAGUGCAGCUCGCGUGGCACGAGAACGAGGCGCUGCGCGGCCUCCUUCAGCACGAAUACGACGAAGUUGUCGCGCGGUUGGAGUCGCUCGAGCGGGUCAACAGUGCGUUCGAGAGCCUCAAGACCAUUUUGCGCAAAGAGAACCACCGAAUUCAGGCGCUCGACCGCGCCUCCCUCGGGGACUCGGUGCUGUUGACGGCCAUCUCGAGCUACAUUGGUGACGUGCCCCCGAGCGACCGGACGGAGCUUGUGACGCGAUGGCAGCAAGUACUUGUGGACGCCGGCGUCAUCUUUAGUGUCAACUUGCUGGCGGCUAUGAUGGGCGAAGGCGGCCUUCAGGAACUCCGCGCGACGUGCGCCAUUGCCGACGCCGGCAUCGCCAUGAACCUCUUUUACCUCCAGCGAUGGAAAGAGGCGCCCAAGUUGCAGCAUUUUUUGCUCAUCGAUCCGCACGGCAUUGCUGCCAACUGGAUCAAGACGGUUGAGCGGCUUUCGGUCGAAGCCGUCUCGGCCGACGACCCCAUGCUGCUCGCUCGGUUUGAAAUGUCGCCGCCCAACCCCAACUACAUUCUGGUCGUCGACCGCGUGGCGCAGUGCAAUGAAGGCAGUCUCUGGGCGUUUCUUCAACUCCUUCACCUCAAGAAGCUUCGCCAUCCCGUGUACUUUGUCGCCGACUGCAACUGCAGCGCUCGCUGGAGUACCGAGCUGCAAGAAGCGUUUACGACCAUUAGCUUUGAGCUGCGGUCGACCGAUUUGGAAGCCCACAUUGUCGCAGGGUUUUACGCCAAGUUCUUUCCCAGUGACGACAACCAGCUGCGAUUGCUUCAAGAAGCUUUGCACGACGACUUGCGACACCGGUCUGUGGCUCUUGACGGGCUCUUGCGGCAGCUCAGCAGCCCCGCCUUGCUGGUCAGCAACGACGAAAUCGCAAUGUUAUCGGGGCAAAUGGACGCGCUCACAAUGCUGAGUCGGUCGAUCGACACCAAGGAAGAAUCGAUCGCGGCUCUGGAAGCGGCGCGCAACCGCUUCUGCCCGCUUGGGCGGCGGGGGCGUGCGCUCUUGGAUGCCACCACCACGUUUGGCGGCAGCGUGCAAGCGUUCUGCGUGCUUGAGGACAGCAUCAAGCAGCUCGCCGAGGUCGAUGGAGAGAGCGCCGUCGACGACGUGGCGCACGAGGUGACGAUCGCGUACCUUCAAACGAUCCUGCACGGACUACCCGAGCACCAGCACGUGGCGUUCACAUUCUUCGUGGCGCUCUCGAUCGCUGCGGCCGAGCCGGGCGGCGACGACCUCGUGCCUCUUUGCUGGCGCGAGCUCCAGCGCAAGACGCGCCUCGGCGUCCCCGGCAUCCACUUGGCGAUCGACGUGUUUUGCGCGUCGCCGACCAUGACGCAUCAAGUGGCGACCGACGUUGUGCAGAUGGCCGUGCGCCACUGCUUGGCGAAGCAGCUCGCCGCGCUCGUCCGCCGCCCCAAGCCAGCGCUGACGAUGGCCAAUGUCUUGUCGGGCAAUGCGCGCUACGUCUUUCGCAAGGACGGCAGUCGACAUCCGCAUGAGAUUACGCGCCUCCUGCGCAACGUGCAAUCUCUCUUGGCGCUGCCGCUGUUUGCGCCGCUUCUCGACGACAUCGAUGCGCACCCGGCGGCGUAUGCUUCGUACAUGCAGGCGACGCCCCACUUUUUUCAAGACAUGCCGUGGACGCGCUUCAUGCAGCAGCUGCCCGCGGUUGCCAAGCUCCUCUUUAUUGUCCUAUCGCACGAUUUGAUUGUGCCCAACAUGAUGCAACAAGUCGUGAAUGGCUACGUGCCAGAAAUCAACUACGAGCUCCUCACGGUGCCCGCGAUGGUCCAGAUUACCGACGGCCACCGACCGAUUUUGCUGCAGUUUGAUGCUGACAGCGUUGUUCACCCGCUCUGGGUGCUCAUCGAGACGGCGCUGAGCCUCGGCAUCCGAGAUGCGGACAUUUGGUAUUUCUCACUGGCCGUGCCCGACGUCGUACCUGCUUGUCUCCGCGCGCUCAAGGACGCCUGUGUGCACGGCGGCUGGCUCAUCCUUCAGGACGUCGAUCGGCUCUCGGCGAGCGACCUCAUGGACCUUAACCGGCAGUUUGCACUCCUCUCGAACGGCGACCUCUCGAUCCACAGCGACUUUCGCCUCUGGCUGCUCGACGAAGCGCCGUCGUCGCUCCUCGCGCGACUUCCCAGCGCCAAGCUGCACACGUUCUUCUUCAACGUGGUGUUUACGCUCCAGAACCCGCUCGAGGCGAGCGUGCAACCCGUGCGGCAUGCGCUGCACCUCUUCCACGGGAUCGCACUCUCGGGCACGCGCGGUGUCCACGUCGCGUCGCCCUUCUACGCCCCCGUGACGCUCUACGAGCUCGAGAGGGCCGAGUUGCUCUUGGAAUGUGUCGGCGACAAGCCCGGGCUCUCGAGCGACGAGCUCGCGUUGCUGCUUGCGCCACUCUACCACGGCAAGAGCGUCGAUCCGAGUGUUCAUAAACAGUGGACGGCUCUCGCCCGGUACAUUUUUGAAUUUGGCACGUCGAGCGAGGCGCGGCCGGGCGACAAAAGCUUGUGGCUCAGUCGGCUCAAGGGCGGUUUGCGCCACCACGCCACCACGCGCGCCACCAAGGAGGGCAUGCGUCGGUCCUGCGAUGUGCUGUUACCGGUCGACACCAAGAUCUCGGCGGCGAUCAUGGGGCUUCCGCAGUCAUUGGAUGCAUAUUUCGAGACGCAGACGAUGCUCGCUGUCGCCUCGACGCUGACGCAGUCCCAAGCGCCGCCUGGCGACUGCAAGGCGCUCUUUGCAGCGACGUCCGUGGACGACCUCGCCGAAGCGUUGUUGCUGCAACUACCGCGCGACGCUGUCUUUACGCACUGCGACGCCCGCAGUACGUUUGGCGAGCGCAAGUGGCCUUCGCACUUGCACAAGGCUAUAUACAGUGAGCUCUUGGCAAUCGAAAGCUACUUUGGUCUGCUCCAGCGAGAGCUGCGCACGCUCUCGCCCGAAACGGCGCACGCGAUCGCUCACCAGCGCGUCCCGUCGUCCUGGCUGCGCGCAGGGUACGCUUGCCCGACGACGCUCGUGCGCUUUGUGGCCUGGGCGCAGUCGGCCGCGUCCUUCUACCUCGAGUUUCUGCAUACGCAGUGUGUGCCCACGUUGCAACUGCAGUUUCUGUCGCGUCCACGCGCGGUGCUCUUCACCCUCCUGGCCACCUGCCCCAAGCGCAUCGGCAUCUCGGAGCUGUGUUUUGCGGUCGUGCCUCCGUCCACAGCGCAUGCCACGAGCCUUCGCAGCCUCUUUGUGCGGAACGCGCGGUGGGAUGCCGUCAAGCAAAUGCUGAGUGAGCUGGCCAACGACGACGGGCUCAUCCAAGGCGGCCUCUCGCUGCAAAUCGCCGCCUGCCAAACGUCCGAUCUCCGAGGGUACUUUGCCUGCCCCGUGUACCCUUAUUACGCAACCAGCGGCGCUGGCCCGCCGCCGUCGACGAGUCUCUUCCAUCUCUACUUGCCGACGACCGAAGAAGCAACGCUGUUGGAAGCUAGAGGCGUCGCCAUCGUCCUCAACGAAGCCGAGUAAACCGUAAUUUCACCGUUCACACGGCGCGUUACUACAGUA